CAAAACCAAAGGACACGAAAGUAAAACACCAAAACACUCGUCAAACCCUAUCUUCUUCCAUUCCUUUCCCUUUCUCUCCCCUCCUCCAAACCCCAAUCCAAAUUUCAGUUUUCCACUAAAUCUAGAGGAUGAUUUAGAUGGAUUUCAGUUCGAAUUUCUGGAUUUUUGUUUCCUAAAAUUUCAGCUGGUUUUGGUGAUUCCUCGUUCUAUAACCAAAGCUACACAUUCGAUUUCCCCUCAAAGGAAUAAGGUUUUAUCGAGGCAAUCAUGGAAGCCUCGGCACCGGCGUCUUCAUCGGCUUCGGCUGAGGACAGUCCUGAGUCGUGGGAGGUUGCUGAUGUGGAGGCCAGCAUGCACCGCCUCAUGCUUUCUUCCAAGAAGGAUGCUUUUACUAGCAGUAAUAAGCAGGACGAGAUAUCUGAGGUCUACGGCUCGGGAUCCAAUCAGGGUUCGAGUUUAAAUUUGGGUUCGGGCAUGUCGGAAGAUUUGAUUAACACAGUGGAUCAGUUUCUGCGGGAAGCUAUACAGAACCCUCGUGAGCGCUUAUCGGUGUUGCGAAUGGAGCAGGAUGUGGAGAAGUUCAUACGGGAUCCUACUAGGGAACAGAUGGAGUUCCAACAGCUGCCUACUUCUUACUUGCGCUUGGCUGCACAUCGUGUGGCACAGCAUUACUCCUUGCAGUCCAUGGUUUUAUUGGAUAAUAACCUGCCCGACGGGUCGGGUUCCCGUAUAAUUGUUCGGAAGACGUCAAACAUCAGGAUUCCUUUGGUUCGUCUUGCCGACAUUCCUGUAAAUUUACCAACUGAAGAGAGUAGUGCUAUAAAGGUUGCAAUCAAGCAGAGGCCACAUAAGGGAUUUCAUAGUAAUAGUAAUUCAAAUGCGAAUCCUGCAAGAUCAAAUAGUUCCAAAAGUGUGGAGGAAAGGAAGGAGGAAUACAAUAAGGCUCGAGCAAGGAUUUUUAGCUCCACUAAUAGUUCUAGUGGAAGUUCCAAUGGGAAAUCUGUGAGUGAUCCCAGGAUUCAGGAUAGUAUUCAGCAUGGUUCAGUACGAACGGCAAAGGCAGAAGAGAGAAUAUCUCCAAGUCCAGGCAGUGGAUCUAAUAUCACCAUAGGCAGAAGUUUGUCUGAUUCUUCUACAUCCAGCAGUAGGUUACUUAGAAGUAGGAUAGAGAAGGAGCCUGUUGCAAGGCCAAAGACGAAUAAUAGAGUGGCUAUCUUUCGGGAUCGUGAAGUUGAUCGUAAAGAUCCUGACUACGACAGAAGCUAUGACAGAUACAUGCAGAGGUUCGAUCCUGGCUUCGGGUUUAGUGGAUGCCCAUACCCUAUCCAGCCCAUGUAUGCUCCUGCUUUAAACUACAACACUGAAUUUCCACAGCUUGGAGCAAGUCAUAGGCUGCCUAUUUCCACUGAACAUCAACCUCGGCCUCUUCCCCAACAUCUGCCUGGCCCAUGGAUUGCUCCCUCACCUCCUGCUGGUAUUGGGUAUGGUCCCACCGAAGGCAUGCUUAUCCUUGUCAAACAACUGGAUUACCUUAUGUACAGCCUCUUGAACCAAUUCACCCGCCUUUUUCACAGGCAUAACAAAACUGGGGACAUGCUGGAUGGGUGGUGCUUAAUCUUCUAUUAUGUGGCCCACCCAGCUAUCCUCAGUUGGAAUACAGCUCUGUUUCUGGACGGAGCCUUAUGGACAGUGGCAGUGCAGAAAAGUGACUAUGUUGUGUUCCCUAGGGCUUUCUGCUUUGUUACUGGUACGAAGAUGAUGAUGAUGAUGAAAAUUAUUACAGGAAGAGGAAAAUCUUGGAGCUUUAAACUCAUUUUCCACUCCAUUGGAUCAGGCAAGAAUAUGCAGAAUGGAGGAUAUCUCUGUGUGCCGGCCUUAAGGGCAAUUGGUGACUGGCUAACUUGACCUGAUUACAGCUCUGUUUAUUCACUGUCCUUUGAAAGUUUGUGUUUGAUCUGUUGUAUUUAAUCAAAGUUAAUUAUGUCAAACUAUUCAACUCUUUUUCUGGAUGAUAAUUGUUGCCUGAUUCAUAUUUUCGCUAUCAUGCUAAAAGUUUGCACAAACAUCUUGCAAUGCUGUCUUUCAGAAUGUAAAGGCAACGAUAGUUGUAAUCUGUGAACACUGCUCUAGUUCUCUUUCGAGCAAGUGGUAUUUCCAUACUACUUUUCAGUAACAGUUUCCAGCCAUAUAAUUUAACCUUUAUUUGUAA